CUGGCGCGUUUCUCGGAUCUUGCUCUCGACAUCCUUUUCGGAGAGAGGGAAAGAGAGUUAGUGCGAUGUUUAACGGGUCGGAAAUGCAGUCAGAAUCAACGACUUUUACAAGAGGAAGGCAUCAAUGAAGUGGGGAGACGUCGCCAUUCCGGCUCAAAACAGUGCUGUAGCUUUAAGGAACGUCGUGACGUGGCGCCUCUCACGUGACUCACACAGUGGCGCGUUUGGCGGGCUUCGUUUGGUCAGUGAAAACAAAUGGAGCUCGAGCGCUCAGGCAUAUGUUGAGGUAAUGUGAAAAAUAUGAAGCAUCUUUAAUCAAAGAGUGUUCUUGAUGCUAUUAGACUUACCACUUUAACUGAGAGACUUUAAGACUUUAAAUCAGUGGCCAUGGCACCUGAGCAGCAAAUCCGAAUCACCUCACUCUGUGGAAGCCUCUUCGUCGUCCAGCGUAGACGUACAAGUCCAAAAGGGUCCGAGAUCGCAUUCUGGAGGAUGGCCUUCGGCCAAGACUCUGGUGGCUUCUUCAACAAGGAUGGCCGAAUCAGCUCCGUGUACAAGAGUGCCUCCAGAGACGUUGACGUAGUUCAUUGCACCUCAGCUGUGGACAUCAAGACGAGGCAGAAGGUGCCUUGCAUUUUAUUGAGGCAGCGCAAAAAGGCGAGCCAGGGCUUCAAGUACAUGCUUUACUCUUUGGACGGUUCAACCAGCGGCAAGCUCCACGUAGAGCUUGUGCUGCCUUUCGAGAUAGACGAUCAUGUCUUGAUAUUCUGUGGGCCCACUUUGGUGUGGAGUCACGAGGACAGGGUCUUCUGCACUUCCUCAGAACUUGGUGGGGUGGUAGAGGUCCCCAUUCGUUUGAAUGUCAGCUUCAUUGGAGAGUUGCCUCUUUGUCAAAGAAGAAUAGGCGUUCUAGGUUUAGAAAAACAAUCAACCGGGGAAGCCACCAGGGGAAACAGACUCCUCCUGUACUUCCUUGAGGAUGGCAGAACCUUCAGCGGGACGUGCCUUUUGCCUGAGGCCUACAGCUCGGUCGUCCAAUGCAUGAUGGUGCUCUCGGCCAAAGAGGCGGACGGGUUGCUGAGGUCUACCGUCCUGGCCGCCACUUGCAGGAAACAGCUGGUGCGUUUUGAGAACGGGUUACCCGAAGAUGUGUGUGUUCUUCCAUACGAGCACCCUCGGAGCAUUCGGAUAGUCCACAUUGGAGAUGGUGGCUGCAUCAUUGCCGUCGUUUUCGACCAUGGCAAUGUGUGUGCAGUGUGGAAAGACAGUUUUAAGAUUGCAGCCUGCUGGACGGGGGUCAGUGACCUGCUGGUAGACGACUUUGUGGGCUGCGGAUCAGAACAGAUGCUGCUGCUGUUUGAAGAUGCUGCAAAAGAAGUCCUCGGGAAGUUCCUCCUCACUGACCUCUGCGGUGUCCAUUACUCGUGUGGAGGAGCGGAGAGUGAAGACCUAAAUCAGAGUGAUCCAGCCCAGGAGAGCGUUGUUCUGACGGUUAAAGCCUUAGACUCCAGACUGCAGAGCGGCCUGGCCUUCCUGCAGGAGCUCCAGAGAGAUUUGAGUGUUAAAGAGAGAGUUUUGCAGCAGUCCGUGACGGCCCUGGCUGAUCUGGUGUCGGACAGAGAGCACGUCCCACCGCUUCCACAGCAGGAGGGGCUGGUGUGUCUGUGGGAUGAGGAGAGUGAGGAAGAGGAGGAGGAGUAUGUUUGGAAUGAGAAGAUGCAGAUGGAGACUGAGGAACGUCCUCCUGAAGUGAGGAGAUUCUGGCACCGAGUCGUCGGGGAGAGCCUGGUCCUUGGAGUUCUCUUCACACCAAACACUGAUGCGUCAGAGGAGAACAUGACUGCAUCUGUUCUGUUGGAGCCGAGCGGUGGUGUAACGGCCAGUGUAGUCCAGAGCCGGAGUAAAAUGCUGCCGUAUCCUGAGCUCCUGUCCACUGCAGCCCUGGACCCUCCUGCUGCUAAAAGAAGCAGGACGCCCGUUGGUGGUUCGGAAGCCCACAGACCCCCACAGCUGGCUGUGUUAACGGUUACUGACCUCACACCACUGCUGACCUCCAGCAGGGUCACUUGCUCCAUCCUCCUCCAUUCUCCAACAUCUAAACCAGGACCUGCUGUGCAUCAGUGUGGUCGGGUCAGUCUGGAUAUGAAGGACGUGCUCCAGGGGGCGCUUCAGCCUCACCUGCUGACGGAGUGCAGUGUCAACUCAGAUGAGUCCAGGGAGGACCUCCUGAGCCUGCUGGCAGCAUUUGAGUCGUGGCUGUUCCUCAUCGAGAGCUCGGAGCACACAGUGGUGGACGUGUCCGGGUGGCUGGUGGACAGACUGGGGGCUAAACCGGUGGGCGUCAGUCCUCAGUACCUGCUGAUUAAGUCUACACAGCCGUCCUCCGCCCUGCUCUUCCACUGGCAGCCCUGCGGCCCCUUCCAGGCGCUGCUCCGAGUCCACUGCAGUGGUCAGUUUGCCGUUUUGCGUUUCUUGGACUCCCUCUGUGAGUUUCUUCCGGCCUCUCAUGACAUCCAGCCCCUCAGGAGCUCUGCCCGUCAGGGGGGCAGCCAGGACCUCGCCUCUUUCCUGGGAAGAGAGAUUCGAACGAUAAAGGAGGGUGUGGCCUCCCUCCUCUGUGAUGGACAGGACGACCAGAGGUUUGGGGGUGGAACUUGGAGGGAUUCCGCCUCUCCAGAGCGGCUCCACCGCUGCAGGGAGGAGUGGCAGAGAGAGCAAGAGAGAAGCAGCAGGAUGCUGCGCCCCCUGGUGGACGCCUCACAGUACCGCAGGCUGGUGGACAGCUUGAUUCAGAAACAGCUGGAUGGAGACAUCGCCGCCCUAGUGGAGGCACAGAAUAGUGAGGGCUGAAUCUGGUGAGAGACGACGCCCCGUCCUCCGGUCGCCACGGAGACGGGCGGUGAAGCCCGGUCCUCGCUGAGCGAUUUUUCUGCCUUGGGGUUGUUUUUACGGUGAGGCUGCUGGCAGCGUGGACAGGCUCUCUGCCGUUUCCCCUGAGCUUCACGGCUCUAAUACUUCACCGACGUUUUUCUGAGAAAACACUUAAGCUGCCCUCGGGACUCAGGCUGCUGGAGACGACCCCGUCAGCUCUCGUUCUGCUGCGUGUCAUCCACCACACGCACACAGAGCACAGAUGGUAAAGCGAUGGUUUGGCGAAAAAUCGCAUUCACCCAGUUUUUCUGCCUUUCUUCAAAUGCAGUGGAUCAGUUUAGUGUCUGAAAUUUGCUUCUUUAGUUUUAGCACUGAUGCUACAAGGGAUGCACCGAUCCAGCUUUUGCUCCCGAUACCGAUUCCGAUACCUGAACUGAAUACCUGAUACACAUCCAAUUUAUUUUUCUUCAAUUUAAAAUCAGCAAACCUCAUAAAAUACGCUGUUACAAUUAAAGAGUUUAUUCCAAAAUAUGAUGUAUCUGCUUUAUGAAAUGUUGGUAAUUAAGGAUUUUUUAAUUUAGGCGCUCUGGACAAGUAUUUCAUAUUCAGCUAUAUUCUUCUGAUUCUUCAAGUCACCUUAUUAUCUUAAAAUCACCCCAAAGUUUAAUGUUUUAGCCUAAAUUAAAUUAAAAAACAUGUAUAAGUCUGAAAUUGUUGGUGAAGCUGGUGUGAAGUACAACAGAAUUAGAAGAGUGCUGGAGUUUUUAAACACCUCAGUGUCCCUGCUGAGAGAGCUGUCGUCUCUGACUUUACAUCUACAAGGUGGACUGACAAGGUAGGAG